UGGCGACAAGCUCGUGGGUGCGGCAUGGUGGGGAAGCUUAGAGGAUACAUGAAGGCUUCUAGGUGCCACUUCCGGUGGUACAAAGGUACAGUCGCACAUCGUCAAAGCAACGACGCUUAGCUUCUGCACUCUCCCCCAUCGAUCGAAAUGAGUUUCCAGCCAACUCCAUCAGUACCUGGACCUCAGUUCCUCCCAGCAAUGCCUCCUGGUUGGAAGGCUGAAUGGAGUGCACAGUACGCAAGAUAGUAAGUCCUGAUUAUCUUUGCGGUUCGGGAUGAAUAUCACAUCAAAUAGCACACUAAAAAUGUACAUCCUUAGCUUCUAUAUCAACUUGACUACCAACGAGAGCGUCUGGACCUUACCUACGUCACCACCACCGCCGCCUGCUCAGGUUUCGCAGCCUCUGGUUCAGAGAAAGCCAGUUCCCGUCACAAGCCCGCCUCCACAGGCGCUGGCUUCCAACCCAGUACCACAAUCGUCUUCAGGGUACUUCCCACCUGCGCCUCAACAACAGUCGCAGUCUGGCUUCACCACGGGUAGUCAGGUUUCAAUCCUACAACUGCAGCAGCAACAAUCACAACAUCAAUAUGCAUUCCCCGCACAGCCUGUCGCGCAGUCACCACUAUACACUAUGCCAACACAAGGGUACCAGCAGUUCUCGCCUCCUCCAACCCCAGGCACUUGUCAGGAGCAGCAACGCAACUUUGCUCCUCCCGCUCCCCAAUACUCCCAGCAGCAACAACAGCAGCAGCAGCAAACCUUCGCACAACCCUCCAAACCCGGGUUCUACAACCAGCAGCAACCCAACCUUUCAACUCUCCCAAUCGAACAGCAGCGACCGAACUAUACCACGCCGCCUCACACUCCGCACACCUAUUACGCCCCUCCACCACCGGGCCAUAACCCUCAACAAGCCACCACCUUCGCCCAGGUACCGCAACAAAAUGGCUGUUCAAGCCAAGUGCAACAGCGAUACCAACCUCCACCACCCCCAACCCAGACUCAGCAAUCCAAACGCUCGUCCACCCUGUCCACCCUGUCAUCCAACCCUACACUAAGUAAAUGGUCCUCCAAACUCACUCAAUUCCAGCAAAAGCCCAGCACUCCUUCGUCGACAUCCACGACAACAUCCCGCUUCGGCAUGCCUUCAAAUGCUCAGAUGCCUUCACAUGCUCAGCCGAACGCGAACGUGAAGAAUGCGAAUUCAGGGGGCGACUGGAAGAAAUGGACCAAACGCGCGGCAAUAGGCGUAGCAGCCGUUGGCGCGCUGGCGUUGGGUGUUGAUGCUAUGGAUGGCGGGGUGUUUGAUGGUGCGGCGGCCGCUGGUGGUGGUGACUUUGGGGGUGGGGGUGACUGGAGCGAAGGGGGAGAUGUCGCGAGUGCCAUGGAUGCGCAGACGGCGGUCGAUGCUAAUGCUGCGCAGCUGGCUAUGGAACAGCAGGGACAGCAGAACAGUCUGAUGUUGUUGGAUCCGCCGGGGACGACUUAUACGGUGGUUGACAGCAGCAGUCUGAUUUGAGAGUUGUUUAGAGGGAGGUCAGGGCUUGAGGGAUCGAUUGUGCAGCAACAAACCCACCAUUAAAUGGGGAGAAGUAAGCUCUGGGUAGCCCAGAGGCUUAAUCACUGCAAGAUAUUUUUGCCAGGACGCAACGUAAAGCGGAAACAUCCUCUGAGAAAGUGCAACGGGCUAGAAACACAACUCUAUCCAUUUUCACUUAUUCAAGUAUCCAAGAACCCACCUACGCUUAACA